AAGAGGUUAGAGAGCACGCGAGUAACAAUGUCGCGUGAGAAUGGUAGCAAGCAGUGUAGCUGUCAAAUAGGAGAAGCAGCUAAGCUAAACUACAAACACUGGGAAACGGCGAGUACGAUGACGGCGGCUACCUCCUCCUCUCCUCCACUAUAACACAGUGACAUUCACGCCAAACGCCUGCUCUCAACAACAACCUCUGUCAUAAUAACCACAUUUUCUCUUACUUGGUCUCUUGUCCUUGUUGUUUUUGUCUUGCUUGUAACAACUUCUUGUAACAACAACCAUGGAGGAAAAUGAAGUUGGCUUGCUACUCUUGUUCUAUGCUGGUGGACACCGGAAAAUGAAGCUUCUGCUCUCUCCGGUUGCAACGGUUUUGCUCAUGCUGUUGCUUUUCUCCCCCUUUGCUUCGUCACUAACUGAAGAAGGACAAGCAUUAAUGGCUAUCAAGGCUUCCUUGAGCAACAUAGCAGACGUGCUCCUUGAUUGGGAUGACGUGCACAAUGACGAUUUCUGCUCCUGGCGUGGAGUCUUCUGUGAUAAUGUCAGCCUUACUGUGCAAUCUCUGAAUCUUUCAAGCUUGAACCUGGGUGGGGAGAUAUCACCAGCUAUUGGGGAUUUAGUAAACUUGCAAUCCAUAGACCUGCAAGGGAAUAAGCUAACUGGUCAAAUCCCAGAUGAAAUUGGAAACUGUGCUGAGCUCAUUCAUUUGGAUUUGUCUGAUAAUCAGUUAUAUGGUGAUGUGCCCUUCUCCAUAUCCAAGCUUAAGCAACUUGAGUUUUUGAAUUUAAAGAGUAAUCAGUUGACUGGUCCUAUCCCUUCAACUUUAACCCAAAUUCCGAACCUGAAGACUCUGGAUCUUGCUAAAAAUAAGCUCACUGGAGAGAUUCCUAGACUGCUCUAUUGGAAUGAAGUCUUGCAGUACCUAGGUUUGCGAGGGAACAUGUUGACUGGAACUUUGUCGCCUGAUAUCUGUCAGCUAACUGGCUUGUGGUAUUUUGACGUGAGAGGCAACAAUUUGACAGGAACUAUACCUGAAAGCAUUGGAAACUGCACAAGUUUCGAAAUCUUGGACAUAUCUUAUAAUCAGAUUAGUGGGGAGAUUCCCUAUAACAUUGGCUUUCUGCAAGUUGCUACCUUGUCACUUCAAGGAAAUAGACUAACAGGGAAGAUUCCAGAAGUGAUUGGCUUAAUGCAAGCCCUCGCAAUUUUGGAUUUGAGUGAGAAUGAAUUAGUGGGACCAAUUCCUCCGAUAUUUGGCAAUCUGUCCUUUACUGGAAAACUGUACUUACAUGGAAACAUGCUUACCGGUCCAAUACCUCCGGAGCUUGGCAAUAUGUCCAAAUUGAGCUACCUGCAAUUGAAUGACAAUCAACUUGUGGGAAAAAUUCCUGAUGAAAUUGGGAAUCUUGAACAUCUGUUUGAAUUGAAUCUUGCCAAUAAUCAUCUUGAUGGAACUAUCCCGCAUAAUAUAAGCUCCUGCACUGCCUUAAACCAGUUUAAUGUGCAUGGGAAUCAGUUAAGCGGUUCUAUUCCGUUGAGCUUUCGCAACCUUGAGAGUUUGACUUACUUGAAUCUCUCUGCUAACAACUUCAAGGGGAAUAUACCAGUUGAGUUGGGACACAUCAUUAAUCUUGACACGCUGGACUUAUCUAGCAAUAAUUUUUCUGGGCAUGUGCCAGCAUCUGUUGGUUAUCUAGAGCAUCUUUUGACCCUGAACUUAAGUCAUAACCAUCUUGCUGGAACAUUGCCUGCUGAAUUAGGGAAUCUCCGAAGCAUACAAAUUAUUGACUUGUCAUUCAACAACAUGUCGGGUAGCAUUCCUGUGGAUUUUGGCCAGCUGCAAAACCUUGCGUCUCUGAUAUUGAACAACAAUGAUUUGCGUGGGAGGAUUCCUGAUCAGCUGACUAAUUGUUUCAGUCUUUCCUCUCUAAACUUCUCUUAUAAUAACUUAUCUGGAGCUAUUCCAUCUAUGAAGAACUUCUCAAGGUUUUCAGCUGACAGCUUCAUUGGAAAUUCUUUACUAUGUGGAGAUUGGGUCGGAUCAAUAUGUCAUCCUUAUACACCAAAAACAAGAGAGAUUUUCUGCAGAGUAGCAGUUGUAUGUCUCACUCUUGGCGUCUUACUGUUAUUGGUGAUGGUAAUUGUUGCUAUCUAUAGAUCCAGCCGAUCGAAGCAGUUGAUGAAAGGAACUGGCAGAACUGGGCAAGGGCCCCCCAAACUUGUCAUUCUUCAUAUGGAUUUGGCUAUGCACACCUUGGAUGAUAUGAUGAGGAGCACUGAGAAUCUCAGUGAGAAAUAUAUCAUAGGUUAUGGUGCCACUAGCACUGUAUACAAGUGUGCAUUGAAAAAUUCCCGACCAAUUGCAAUCAAGCGCUUGUUGUACAACCAGCAUCAUCCACACAGUUUGAGGGAAUUUGAAACGGAACUUGAAACAAUUGGCAGCAUUAGGCAUAGGAACCUUGUCACCUUGCAUGGCUAUGCCCUUACUCCCAACGGAAAUCUCCUUUUCUAUGACUAUAUGGCAAAUGGCUCACUUUGGGAUCUUCUACAUGGUCCCUUGAAGGUAAAACUGGAUUGGGAAACGCGGCUGAGGAUUGCUGUAGGAGCUGCUGAAGGACUAGCUUAUCUCCAUCAUGACUGCAACCCUCGAAUUGUUCACAGGGAUAUAAAGUCUUCAAACAUUUUGCUGGAUGAGAACUUUGAGGCUCAUGUCUCCGAUUUCGGCACUGCCAAAUGCAUCGCUGCCACAAGAACUCAUGCAUCAACUUAUGUUCUUGGAACCAUAGGCUACAUUGAUCCUGAGUAUGCACGGACAUCUAGGCUGAAUGAAAAAUCAGAUGUAUAUAGCUUUGGCAUUGUUCUGCUAGAGCUACUUACUGGGAAGAAAGCAGUGGACAAUGAGUCUAAUUUGCAUCAAUGGAUAUUGGCCAAGGCAGAUAACAACACUGUAAUGGAAGCUGUGGAUCCAGAAGUCUCCAUUACCUGCAUUGAUCUGGCUCAUGUUAAGAAGACUUUCCAGCUUGCUCUGCUCUGCACAAAAGGGAACCCUUCUGAGAGGCCUAGCAUGCAUGAAGUGGCCAGGGUACUGGUAUCACUGCUUCCUUCACCUCCAAGUAAAGCUCUCACCGCACCUGCAAAGUCGUUUGACUAUGCGCAUUUUGUGAUUGAGAAGGGUCAACAACAGAAAAUGGAAGGACUGCAACAACCUAGGCAAGAUCAAAAUACUUCCAAUGCUCAAUGGUUUGUUCGGUUUGGGGAUGUUAUAUCUAAGAGCACUCUUUGAGAAAAUGGAGUAGGAGGGCCAUAUGGAUGUGCCCCUAAAAGGCUUUAUAGCAAAAAUAGCUUGAAAGAUACUUUUGUUGUAUAUUCUAAAAGCACUUGUUACUAGGUUUUAGAAUCUGGAAUGGUUUGAGCAUAAAUAUUGCUCAUUUUGCUUUUAUGCUUGACACUGAUUUUGUAACUGAUGAUAUAUGGAUGGUGGGGGUAUGGGGUUAUUAAGAAGCACUUUCUGCUUGACUUGUGAAA